AGCGCAGAGGCUCACGGGAACAGGAAGUCCAAGAUGGCGAUGGACGGAGCCAUGUCCACGUCCUCGGGUCUGUCUUACCACAACGCUGGAGACUUUUACCCCCGAAAGUUCGGCCCGAAGCCGGACGUGGUGCCGUCCGGGGUGACGGAGCGGAAGGUGGGUCCGCUGGACAAACCGGACAUGGUGUCGGUGGAUGUCAUCAACAUCAAGGAUCCAGAUGAUCCCGUGCACAGGAAGAAACACGAGCAUGACACGUCCGUCCUGGGCACCAUCCAUCCAUUCAGGAAGACACACAGAUCAGUUUUUGGGAAACUCCUGCAAGAAUUCCGACUGGUUGCCUCAGAUAGACGGUCAUGGAGGAUCCUGCUGUUCGGAUCACUCAACCUGCUCUGUACCGGCUGUCUGCUGAUGUGGUGCAGCUCCACCAACAGCAUGGCUUUAACCGCCUACACGUACCUCACCAUCUUCGACCUCUUUAGUUUGAUCACCUGUCUCAUCAGCUCCUGGGUCAACAUGAAGAAACCCAGUCAGGUCUACUCAUUUGGGUUUGACCGACUCGAGGUUUUGGCUGUUUUUGCCUCCACUGUUCUUAUCCAGCUGGGAGCUCUGUUCAUCCUGAAGGAGAGUGUGGAGCGCUUCAUGGAGCAGCCUGAGGUCCACACCGGCCGUCUGUUGGUCGGGACGUUCGUCGCUCUCUUCUUCAAUCUGUUGACGUUGCUGUCUGUCCGGAACAAGCCGUUCUCCUACGUCUCAGAAGCGGCAAGCAGCAGUUGGCUUCAGGAACAUGUGGCCGAUCUGAGUCGAAGUUUGUGUGGAAUCGUUCCAGGUCUCAGCAGCGUUCUGCUGCCUCGUAUGAACCCGUUCGUCCUCAUCAACAUGGCCGGAGCUCUGUCCCUCUGCAUCACCUACAUGCUCAUAGAAAUCAAUAACUAUAACGGCAUGGACACGGCGUCGGCGGUCGCCAUUGCUCUCAUGACCUUUGGCACCAUGUAUCCCAUGAGCGUCUACAGCGGCAAAGUGCUGCUGCAGACGACACCUUCGCACGUCAUUGGUCAGCUCGACAAACUGCUGAGAGAAGUGUCGACUCUGGACGGAGUGCUGGAGGUUCGCAACGAGCACUUCUGGACCGUCGGCUUCGGGUCUCUGGCCGGCUCCGCACAUGUUCGUAUCCGCCGCGACGCCAACGAGCAGCUGGUUCUGGCUCACGUCACCAACCGGCUGCUGCCGCUCGUCUCCACGCUGACCGUCCAGAUCUUUAAAGAUGACUGGACCCGACCUCUCCUCACCGGGGCGCUCUCCUCCUCUUCCUCCCCCUCCUCUGUUCCUCCUCUGGGCGCCACUGAAGAUUACACCACCAUCUCCUCGCUGCCUCUUCUGCAGUUGUCCUCAGGAGGCGAGCUGGACCAUUUGACGUCCACGCCCUCCAAGCCCAGCAGCCCUCCUCCGGAGUUCUCCUUCGACACACCGGGGAGGAACGUGCAGCCGGUGGUUCUGCCUGCCCCGGGGCACCACACCCACCGGCCCUACGGAGGCCUGGGACUCACCUACGGUGCCUCUCCCUACACGGGGAUGAUGAAUCAAGGCUUGGCACGGCCCGGUGGCGGGCAGGGACUUGGCGUGCAGGGUCCGGGAGCUGGGUUUGGACUUGGUGUGGGUGCCAGCGGAGUGCCUUCCUCUCAGAGUUACAGAACUGCCUUCGGAGGGUCCACGGCCCCGUUCCAGAGUGGAACCAGCAACCCUCCGGCUUCACAGUACAGACAGUACCGACCCUGAGCUGAACAAGUUGCUUGAUUCCUGAUCAAGUUUCUCCACAGCCUGUUCCAGGUUCUGAUACUUGAGACUCUGAUGAGAUUGAUUUCCUGUUUCCUGACGCUGCAGUGUUUCCUCCCGAUGUGACAACAACAUGAAAACUUAACAGACGAAAAUUAUUGUCAAGUUCUGGUGUAAAAUCUCUGAUGAGAGGAGAAACUGAGAAGACGUUUUUAUUGGCAAAGGGACCAAGAGGUCGACUGUGGUUGGAUGUUGGGGAAACAAAAUCUUUAUGGGUCUGAGACUUUUGACGGGAAGAAAGAAACUCUGCUCACACAUAUUCCAACUUUUUGUUAAAGAAAAAAAUGCAGCUUGACUUUUUAAAUGUGGCGACCAAAGUGAAGCACAGCUGAUUUAACCUCCUCAAAUGGUGGCAGGAGGUCAAAGGUCACAGGUGAUGACACAUUAACAUUGAUGAGGAGGAAAAAAUUGACUUGAACUUAAAACGGUGAAUUCUUCUGAAUAUGUUACAGAAUUUAAACCAAAACAAAUUGAAAAAUUUAAAAGUUUCUGGGUUGAUAUCGAUGAUUCACUGUAAGUUUCAAAGACUCUUUCUACUUAAAUAUUUUGGGGGAUUCAUUUUGGGAUUCAGCUCCAUUUUUCCUCUUUGUUCUUAAGUAAAGUUUGAAAAUUUGCCAUUUUACUGCAGAAUUGCUUUAAUCAGUGAGUAAAACUUAAACCUAAUCAACUGUUUCUCACAUUGAACAACACUUUAGAUCUGAAACACAAGCAGCUCUUACAUAUCAUUUAUGAUUUUUACAUUGUAUCACAUUUGCAGGUUCAAUAUUUAUAAUUAGCAGAUUUAUAAAAUAAUUUGGUCAGAGAAUAGUUGAACAUUUUUCUCUCUGCUGUUUUGAAUAAUUGACAUGGGUGUCGAUAAGUGAUGUUUUUGUUUUAAUUUAUAUUAAAAUCUGAGCUGGGCUGAGUGUCACUGAACUCUGAUUCCAUCCUCUUAAGUUUUCUGGUGUCUUUCUCAUCAAAAACCACAGAUUCACAUUAAAGUUACCCGACAAAACCCAAGGAAACUCUUCUCUCAGAUCACGUGUUAAAACUGUUGAAUCAGUGACGCUCAGCCUUGAUGAGUCAUAUUCCAUGUAUGUUGGUUUGAAAGGAACAACUGCGACGUGCUUAUUAAAAAAACGGUUCCUGAAAGAUG